ACGAAGAACUAACUCCUCCGGUGGUAUAGUAGUAGUGACUGGAGAGGAGAAAUAUUUCACCAAGUCUCUUGUUGUUCUUGAAACAUGUGUGAGUGAAACACGUUAUGCUGGACCGGUUGUUAAUCGCGGAUUAAAAAAAAGUCGGACAAGAGUGUCCGUCAUAUGAUUAGUAACUACUGUCGAUUUCUGUUGUGAUUUAAAAAAUAAUAGUAUUUGUGUGCAGUUCUAUAACUUUUUGGGAUUUAUAGUGAGUUUAUAAAAUUAUUGUUUGAAGUUGGAAGUGAGCAGCAUGUCAGUUUAAAAGAACAAAUCCAAUCGGCUGACUACAGUACCAUUCCAAAAUUUUCGAGAUAUUGGUAUGGCUUCUACAUAAGCUGAAUCUUACAUUGAUGCGACUAUUUUCAUAUAUCGAAGUGGAUUCGCCCGCGGAACCCGAAGAAGGGGGUUGCAUCCGGUCCUCGCCGUGUAGCAGCCCGGACAUAUUCCUGAGGGACUCGCCAGGUGAUUUCUCUUUCCGUUUCAAUGUUUAUUUAGACUGUUGACUUUGUUGCCAGUAGAAUUGUUCUGUGUUGAUGUUGUUUUGCAUGUGGACUAGAAACUAGUUUAGCAAACAAAAAACAUUUGCGAUGCAGUACCGAGAUGCGUUCCGGUCCUCCAGUUAUCAAGAUUCGAGCUUCCGGCUUCCAUAGGUUCCAGAGGUACCAUUACUCCAGGGAAGGUGGUGUAGAUGCCAACAACAACAACGCUGAUUAUAUCAACGGUCUUCCCAAUAAAUGCACGCUGUUAGUUCAGAGCGAAGUAAGCAACACACCAUUGGUGGCAGAAAGCGCUCAGCCUUCAGCUCCCAGUAGUCCCCACUCAAGUAUGCUACUUCUGCAAUCUCAGACCCCGUUUGGACCAAGCAGUUUCGCCGAUCUGCUGAAUGCUCCGUUUUCGGAUGAUCCUACUUCAACCGUAACUUCUGAAGAACUUAAUCCUUUUGCCGACGUAGCUCUCCAUUCUCAGCCUUCUUCUCCUCUGCCGUUGCCGAGUUUUCAAGAAACGUAUUCUGUUCGGUAUCAGUCGCCAUUUAAAAUGGAUGAAGAUUGUUUUAACAUAUCGUAUCAGCAACAUCCGCAUCACUACGAUUAUUCACAGCAGCAAUACACAGCUGCUAGUCCGUACUAUCCACCUCCUCCGAGCUUUGAUGCUCACAUUAGCCAAGAAUCCUACUCCCUUCCAGUGUACCCGUCGUCAGAACUACACAUUACUACGUCACUAAGUUCCAAGUCACGUAGAGCGUCCUUACCUUUGCAAAGGUCAGAGUCAACUAGCAGCAGUGAAAGUCCAAAAUUAAGAAUUGGUCCUGCGCCUUCGACGUGCUCUUCAGCGUCUAGUAGUCCUGGCGGUAUACCAGAACAAAUAUCAGUGAAAGGACCAACACCUCCAUCUCCAUCUCAGUUAUGUGCCGUUUGUGGAGACACCGCAGCUUGCCAACAUUAUGGUGUACGAACAUGUGAAGGAUGUAAAGGAUUUUUCAAGAGGACGGUCCAAAAGGGAUCAAAAUAUGUAUGUUUAGCCGACAAAGCGUGUCCAGUCGAUAAACGAAGAAGAAAUAGGUGCCAGUUUUGUAGAUUUCAGAAGUGUCUUGCUGUAGGUAUGGUUAAGGAAGUAGUACGUACUGAUUCUCUAAAAGGUAGAAGAGGAAGACUACCAUCGAAACCAAAAAGUCCACAGGAAUCACCUCCGAGUCCGCCCGUUUCAUUGAUAACUGCUUUAGUCCGAGCCCAUGUAGAUACAACUCCAGAUUUAGCUAAUUUAGACUAUUCUCAAUACCUAGAACCAAGUCCAAUUGAACCAAUAGUGUCAGAAGCUGAAAAAAUACAACAAUUUUAUACUCUGCUAACAACUUCUGUAGAUGUUAUACGACAUUUCGCAGACAAAAUUCCUGGAUUCCAAGAUAUCCGCUUAGAAGAUAGAGAAUUGCUUUUUCAAUCCGCUUCUUUGGAACUAUUUGUUUUAAGGCUAGCAUAUCGUACCCAUCCAAAUGAUUCCAAGUUGACAUUCUGUAACGGAGUUGUCUUAGAUAUGCAACAGUGUCAUAGGUCGUUUGGUGACUGGUUAAAUUCCAUCAUGGAGUUCUGUGCCGGAUUGAAUGGUAUGGAGAUAGACAUAUCUGCCUUCGCGUGUCUUUGUGCCCUCACAUUAAUAACAGAACGCCAUGGGCUAAAAGAUCCUCAUAAAGUAGAGCAGCUCCAGAUGAAGAUAAUAUCUUCGCUGAGAGAUCACGUGACCUACAACGCAGAAGCACAAAGAAAAUCGCACUACUUCAGUCGACUAUUGGGAAAGUUACCCGAACUCAGAUCUCUCAGCGUACAAGGAUUGCAAAGGAUAUUCUAUUUGAAAUUGGAAGACUUGGUACCGGCCCCACCAUUGAUAGAAAAAAUGUUUGUGGCUAGUUUACCUUUCUAAAGGUAUAUCAUUUUUUAUAUACCUGUAUAUUUUUCUGAAAAAAACGUGAUAAAAUUGUCUAUGUGAUUUGUUGUUAGUAAUUUAAGAUUUUAUUUUUAUUUUUUUGACGAAAUGUUUUGUUGACUUUUUUCUUGUUCUCAAAGAAUGCGAAAUAUGUUCCUAUGGUUGAUACGGCGUGUUUAUAAACUUAAUUUAAAAGUAAAGAUUAUGCUUAGAUGGGAAACAGAAAUAAUUAAGACAUUUGGACCAUUAAGUAAAAUUUUUACGUAACAUUAGUAAGGAUUAAGCUUAAUUGGAAGACAGAAAUAAUUAAGACAUAUUCCGGCCAUUAAGUACAAUUUUAUGUACAAAUUAUGUUUUCAAGACUUUUUAGCAAUAUAAAUUAUUUUGGGGAAUUUUAAAUGUGAGUAUAGGGAAAAAGGAGAGAAAGAAGGUGAGAGAGAUAGAAAAGAAACGAGUUAGAGAGACGUGCCAACUUCCAAACACCACCGUUUCAGAAUAAACUUCAUAUAAGACUUAAGGGAGGCCGCACACCAAAGAAACGUGAAAAGUGAAACAUGAAAAAUUAAACGUGAAACACGUUUCAUGAAAAUAAAACACUGCUAAACAAAUAGAAAUCCGCCUAUCAAUGAAUCGAAUGUGAUUCAUGCGCAUGAAACAUUUUUAUUGUCUUGAAGCGUGUUUUAUGAAAUCGGUCGUGUUCUAUUUUUCGGGUUUAGGUUUCAGUUUCAUUAUUUUGAGCAACUAAUUACGUGCGUAAAAUGAAUACCGACUAAGAAUUUAAUAUUGCAUUAAUUUUUGUGGUGGAGCAGACCGAAGAGUUGUACAAUUAUAAUCUGAAGAACUACUCAAAUAGACAUUACCAAAAAGAUGCCUCAUCCUUUUCCUUUAAACUAGGACCCACAAUAGUACAUAAUGUUUAUACUCAUUCUAUAAAAUUAUUGAAAUUUGGCAGGAAGAUUAUUUAAUUCCUUUGCAAUCAAAUAUGUACCAUGUUUAUGAUUUAUUUAUAACAUUAUAUAAUUGGAAAACAGGUGUAUGUUCUCAAAGAAAUUGAAAGUGUGUAAAAAAUUUUUUAAUAAUCAGCUAAGUACUUUCAACACAUAACGUGCCAUCAUCAGAGCUUCCUAAAAGGACAUUUAAGAUAAGAGAUUUUUUAUAAACAAAAGAUUGAAAAAACUUACGUC